AUGGAGAAGAACCAUACCUUGAUCGGUGCCGCCCUCGUCACCGUCGCCAGAUACAUUCCCCAUGAUCUGGCGAACAACCUCGACCAGAAUCAUACAUUUUCCGUCCUGGGCAACAUAUCGUUUCGCACAUGCUUAGCGGCAUUGUGGUGUGUGUAUCUGGCCCAGAUCGUCUACUGUAUUUUCUUCCACCCGCUCCGAAAAGUGCCUGGCCCGUUGCUGGCCCGUUUCAGCCAGAGCUGGCGCAACAUUCGAUACUUCCGAGGCUCAUGGCAUCACUACGUCGUGCAGCUCCACCGCACGUACGGAAGCGUGGUGCGCAUCGCCCCAAACGAGGUCAGCUUCGUCGAUAGCUCGGCGCUGAAGGCUCUCUACGGACUGGGAAAGCAAGUGCAAAAGCUGGCACUGGGGGGCAAGAUCGGCUUCAUCGAGCAAGGUCGAGACGUGGACGGGAUCAUCCGAAGCAUCCACGAUGGGUUCUAUCUCAUGGCCAACAUGGGAAAUAUCCCCGGGCAGAUGUUCUGGAUCAACAAUGCCCUGGCCCAGUGGCUCAUCAAGAGAUUCGGUGGCAAACGCCUCAACUCUUUCUCCAUCUUCCUUGACUGGCUGGAUCGUCGUGUGUCGGAGCGGAUGAAGAACGGCCUGGGGGACAGACGCAAAGAUAUGCUCCAGCAUUUUAUCGAGGCAAAGGACAUGGACGGCAAACCGGUUUGGAAGGGAGACGUCAUGAUCGAGGGCGUGAAUAUUCUCGGUGCGGGGGCCGAUACGACUUCGAUUGUCAUUCUGGCGGUUCUUAGUGCUCUGCUCCUGCAUCGUCCUGAACGCCAGAAGCUGCAGCAGGAGAUCGAUCAGGCGUAUACCAGUUUGGGCCUGCAGGACCCUGGGCAGGAGAUAUCGUUCAAGGACGCUGAAAGGCUGCCAUAUCUGUCCGCGGUGAUCAAGGAGAGCAUGAGGCUGCACCCAUCCAUCUCCUAUCAAUUGCCACGCGUGGUGCCUUCCUCUGGUGUCCAAAUCGGCCCGUAUUACAUGAGGCCAGGAACGAUCUGCAGUAUCAGCGCGACUUCCAUGAACCGUUCGAAGGAGAUAUUCGGUGACGACGCAGAUGAAUGGAAACCGGAGCGCUGGAUUGCCUCGAACGAGGAAGAAAAAGAACGGAUAUCGACCAUGAACAGUCUUUUAACAACAUUCGGAAUGGGAAGUCGCAGCUGUGUCGGUAAGAAUAUUGCGCUGGUCGAAGUGCACAAGUUCAUCGCCCAGUUCUUGCGGCACUUUGAUGCAGACGUGGUCAAUCCAGAACGACCGUGGGUGACCAAAUCCCAGUGGUUUUCCAUCCAAAAGGACUUCUGGAUUACAAACAAAGAGCGCGGGCAUUAA